CGCUAUGUCUGCCGCCAGUCCUACAAAUCCAGAUGACCCGAAACCUUCUCGCGGCCCUGUAUAUCAGGUGGAAACUACAGGAAGCUACUGGGGCGACUUGAUAGCCGCGGCAAAGAGUAUGGGACAAUGGCCCUGCACUCGAAACAGUCUUCUGAGCGGUAUCGCCAGUGGUGUAGGAGUUGGCGCGAUACGAGCCAUGAGCGCAAGUAUACUCACUUCCUGUAACUGGGCUGUUGGAACAUUCAUGUUGGUUUCUUUGGGUACAUGGCAGGUCUGUCAGAGCGCACGUAUCGAAGAGCACCGGCGGGUACAGCAGGUGGUCGAAGAACUUCCAAAACGGUUCGCGAAAAGGAAAGCCGAUCCCUCCCGAGAUGAUAAUGUAUCGGCAUCCUCACAAUGAACGUAACGACAUCCGC